AUGUUUAAAUAUUUUUUAAUAAUAAUUAUUAUUAUAUAUUUAAAUAUUAUAUAUGGUUUUGAAAACUAUGAUAAUAAAAAACUAUUAUUUACAGAUAGGGAACAAGGUUAUGUUUAUAAUUUAAGACCACUUUCAAAUAAACCCACCCAAGUAAUGUUCAGUUACCCUGGCUCAAUAAAUAGAAAGAAUGUAAAUAUAUCUUUAAGCUGGUCAAUAGGUGAAGAAGGUAACAGCUAUUGUAGAGAUAAAAUGUUUAAUGAAACAAUAGCAUCUAUUUCAAACCCUGCAAUUUGCCUAAUUAAUAAUAAGGUUGGAAUGUUAGAAUAUGUUCAUAUGUUAAUUGCAAAACCUAAUGAUUUAAUUCUAGAACAUAAAAGAUAUGGUAUUGGUGUAGUUUCAAGGUAUAUUAAUAAUAAAAUGAUGUAUGGUUGUAAAACUUUUGAAAAUCAAGAUUUUUUAUUUGAAUUUGAAUGUAGCAAUACCAAAGAUGAAGAUAUAGAAUUUAAAGCAUGCAAAUUUUUAAAUUCAAAUAUAACAUGCCCCUCUCUUAUUUGUAAAUAUAAUUCUAAAUUUGCAUGCCCAAGGAUAAUUUAUCAACAAAUUGAAAGUAAUAGUUAUUAUGAAGAUGGAAUUUUAUAUACAGACAAAUCAUACAAGUUAAUAAACUAUGAAUUUGAAUAUCAACAAUUCAAUGUUACUACUGAUUUUAAUUUAAAAGAAUCAUCAAAAGGAAUUAAUGGUUUUAAUACAAUUGCUCCGGGACUAUAUAGUUUCGAAUUUAAUAAUGUAAUGACUUUUAAUUUUACAAUGGUAGGAGAUUCAAAACCAUCUUUUAAUUUUCAAUAUUAA